AUGCUAUUGCAGAUCACCGAGGUGGGCAUGAUGGUUGUGCAGACGGCAGCCGGCAGCCGGCAGCCGGCAGCCGGCAGCCGGAUGAGGCAUCAGGUGCAGCCGAAGCAGCAGCAGCAGCGGCAGCGUCUUCGGCAACGGCAGGUGCGUGGAGCAGUAAGGAGAUGGGCAUUGUGUGAUUAGAGAUGGAUUGGUCGGUUGCAUUGCGCAUGAGGAUGGUUGUGCCGAAUGUCUACUAAGUGCAACUGAGGUAUGCCUUGCAUGAUUGUCACAUAGUGAGCAGAGGUAAUGAGGUGGGAUUGUGGUGGAAAUAUGACAGUCGGGCUGGAUGCUGAUGCUGAUGAGGAUGUUGUUGUUGCUGUUGCUGUUGCUGUUGGCCGAGGCAUAGCAAUUUGUCUGGCAUUCACACCGUCUUCAAUGGCUUUCUUCCUUUUCGUAACGCCAAGUGAGGGCCUGGGCCUGGCGACAGGAAGUGACGUAUCGCAUGAAUCAGGUUUGUCUACUCUAACCAGUAUGAUGCCAGUGGGAACUUGUGCAUACUGCAGGCGCACAUCCACAUGCCCCGCUGUCUGCACCUACAUAUAUGUAGAUGAAGGCAGCAGAAGCAGUAGUUAGCAGUGCGUCAGGCAAUGCAAUUGUAUGUACAUGUUGUUGUUGUUGUUGUUGUUGUUGUUGUUGUUGUUGUUGUUGUUUUUGUUGUUGUUGCUUUGCGCAGUCCAUGAUGCGCAUGUGAAUUGGGACAUGUGGCAGAGCAGUCAUGAUUGGCAGGCAUUGGUAGACCUGUCUGUGCGGACAGCAUGCGCAGUAGCAUUAGGCAUUCAUGUAUGUGGCACAGUAAGUAGUACUUGGCACGCACAUGCGGCGCUGGCGGCCUUGGCGAUGCUAUUGCAGAUCACCGAGGUGGGCAUGAUGGUUGUGCAGACGGCAGCCGGCAGCCGGCAGCCGGAUGAGGCAUCAGGUGCAGCAGCAGCGGCAGCAGCGGCAGCGGCAGCGGCAACGGCAGGUGCGUGGAGCAGCGAGGAGAUGGGCAUUGUGUGAUUAGAGAUGGAUUGGUCGGUUGCAUUGCGCUUGAGGAUGGUUGUGCCGAAUGUCUACUAAGUGCAACUGAGGUAUGCCUUGCAUGAUUGUCACAUAGUGAGCAGAGGUAAUGAGGUGGGAUUGUGGUGGAAAUAUGACAGUCGGGCUGGAUGCUGAUGCUGAUGAUGAUGUUGUUGUUGUUGUUGCUGUGGCAGUUGCUGUUGGCCGAGGCAUAGCAAUUUGUCUGGCAUUCACAUAGUCUUAAAUGGCUUUCUUCCUUUUAGUAACGCCGAGUGAGGGCCUGAGCCUGGCGACAGGAAGUGACGUAUCGCAUGAAUCAGGUUUGUCUACUCUAACCAGUAUGAUGCCAGUGGGAACUUGUGCAUACUGCAGGCGCACAUCCACAUGCCCCGCUGUCUGCACCUACAUAUAUGUAGAUGAAGGCAGCAGAAGCAGUAGUUAGCAGUGCGUCAGGCAAUGCAAUUGUAUGUACAUGUUGUUGUUGUUGUUGUUGUUGCUUUGCGCAGUCCAUGAUGCGCAUGUGAAUUGGGACAUGUGGCAGAGCAGUCAUGAUUGGCAGGCAUUGGUAGACCUGCCUGUGCGGACAGCAUGCGCAGUAGCAUUAGGCAUUCAUGUAUGUGGCACAGUAAGGAGUACGUGGCCCGCACAUGCGGCGCUGGCGGCUUGGCGAUGCUAUUGCAGAUCACCGAGGUGGGCAUGAUGGUUGUGCAGACGGCAGCUGGCAGCCGGCUGCCGGAUGAGGCAUCAGGUGCAGCCGAAGCAGCAGCAGCAGCGGCAGCGGCAGCGGCAGCGGCAACGGCAGGUGCGAGGAGCAGUGAGGAGAUGGGCAUUGUGUGAUUAGAGAUGGAUUGGUCGGUUGCAUUGCGCAUGAGGAUGGUUGUGCCGAAUGUCUACUAAGUGCAACUGAGGUAUGCCUUGCAUGAUUGUCACAUAGUGAGCAGAGGUUAUCAGGUGGGAUUGUGGUGGAAAUAUGACAGUCGGGCUGGAUGCUGAUGCUGAUGAGGAUGUUGUUGUUGUUGUUGUUGCUGUGGCAGUUGCUGUUGGCCGAGGCAUAGCAAUUUGUCUGGCAUUCACAUAGUCUUAAAUGGCUUUCUUCCUUUUAGUAACGCCGAGUGAGGGCCUGGGCCUGGCGACAGGCAGUGACGUAUCGCAUGAAUCAGGUUUGUCUACUCUAACCAGUAUGAUGCCAGUGGGAACUUGUGCAUACUGCAGGCGCACAUCCACAUGCCCAGCUGUCUGCACCUACAUAUAUGUAGAUGAAGGCAGCAGAAGCAGUGGUUAGCAGUGCGUCAGGCAAUGCAAUUGUAUGUACAUGUUGUUGUUGUUGUUGUUGUUGCUUUGCGCAGUCCAUGAUGCGCAUGUGAAUUGGGACAUGUGGCAGAGCAGUCAUGAUUGGCAGGCAUUGGUAGACCUGCCUGUGCGGACAGCAUGCGCAGUAGCAUUAGGCAUUCAUGUAUGUGGCACAGUAAGGAGUACGUGGCCCGCACAUGCGGCGCUGGCGACCUUGGCGAUGCUAUUGCAGAUCACCGAGGUGGGCAUGAUGGUUGUGCAGACGGCAGCCGGCAGCCGGCAGCCGGAUGAGGCAUCAGGUGCAGCAGCAGCAGCAGCAGCGGCAGCGGCAGCGACAGCGGCAGCGGCAGGUGCGUGGAGCAGUGAGGAGAUGGGCAUUGUGUGAUUAGAGAUGGAUUGGUCGGUUGCAUUGCGCAUGAGGAUGGUUGUGCCGAAUGUCUACUAAGUGCAACUGAGGUAUGCCUUGCAUGAUUGUCACAUAGUGAGCAGAGGUUAUCAGAUGGGAUUGUGGUGGAAAUAUGACAGUCGGGCUGGAUGCUGAUGCUGAUGAGGAUGUUGUUGUUGUUGUUGCUGUGGCAGUUGCUGUUGGCCGAGGCAUAGCAAUUUGUCUGGCAUUCACACCGUCUUCAAUGGCUUUCUUCCUUUUAGUAACGCCGAGUGAGGGCCUGGGCCUGGCGACAGGAAGUGACGUAUCGCAUGAAUCAGGUUUGUCUACUCUAACCAGUAUGAUGCCAGUGGGAACUUGUGCAUACUGCAGGCGCACAUCCACAUGCCCCGCUGUCUGCACCUACAUAUAUGUAGAUGAAGGCAGCAGAAGCAGUAGUUAGCAGUGCGUCAGGCAAUGCAAUUGUAUGUACAUGUUGUUGUUGUUGUUGUUGUUGUUCUUGUUGCUUUGCGCAGUCCAUGAUGCGCAUGUGAAUUGGGACAUGUGGCAGAGCAGUCAUGUUUGGCAGGCAUUGGUAUUCCUGCCUGUGCGGACAGCAUGCGCCGUAGAAUUAGGCAUUCAUGUAUGUGGCACAGUAAGGAGUACGUGGCCCGCACAUGCGGCGCUGGCGGCCUUGGCGAUGCUAUUGCAGAUCACCGAGGUGGGCAUGAUGGUUGUGCAGACGGCAGCCGGCAGCCGGCAGCCGGAUGAGGCAUCAGGUGCAGCCGAAGCAGCAGCAGCGGCAGCGGCAGCGGCAACGGCAGGUACGUGGAGCAGUGAGGAGAUGGGCAUUGUGUGAUUAGAGAUGGAUUGGUCGGUUGCAUUGCGCAUGAGGAUGGUUGUGCCGAAUGUCUACUAAGUGCAACUGAGGUAUGCCUUGCAUGAUUGUCACAUAGUGAGCAGAGGUAAUGAGGUGGGAUUGUGGUGGAAAUAUGACAGUCGGGCUGGAUGCUGAUGCUGAUGAGGAUGUUGUUGUUGCUGUUGCUGUUGCUGUUGGCCGAGGCAUAGCAAUUUGUCUGGCAUUCACACCGUCUUCAAUGGCUUUCUUCCUUUUAGUAACGCCAAGUGAGGGCCUGGGCCUGGCGACAGGAAGUGACGUAUCGCAUGAAUCAGGUUUGUCUACUCUAACCAGUAUGAUGCCAGUGGGAACUUGUGCAUACUGCAGGCGCACAUCCACAUGCCCCGCUGUCUGCACCUACAUAUAUGUAGAUGAAGGCAGCAGAAGCAGUAGUUAGCAGUGCGUCAGGCAAUGCAAUUGUAUGUACAUGUUGUUGUUGUUGCUUUGCGCAGUCCAUGAUGCGCAUGUGAAUUGGGACAUGUGGCAGAGCAGUCAUGAUUGGCAGGCAUUGGUAGACCUGCCUGUGCGGACAGCAUGCGCAGUGGCAUUAGGCAUUCAUGUAUGUGGCACAGUAAGGAGUACGUGGCCCGCACAUGCGGCGCUGGCGGCCUUGGCGAUGCUAUUGCAGAUCACCGAGGUGGGCAUGAUGGUUGUGCAGACGGCAUCCGGCAGCCGGCAGCCGGAUGAGGCAUCAGGUGCAGCAGCAGCAGCAGCAGCGGCAGCGGCAGCGGCAACGGCAGGUGCGUGGAGCAGUGAGGAGAUGGGCAUUGUGUGAUUAGAGAUGGAUUGGUCGGUUGCAUUGCGCAUGAGGAUGGUUGUGAAGAAUGUCUACUAAGAGCAACUGAGGUAUGCCUUGCUUAUUGUCACAUAGUGAGCAGAGGUUAUCAGGUGGGAUUGUGGUGGAAAUAUGACAGUCGGGCUGGAUGCUGAUGCUCAUGAGGAUGUUGUUGUUGUUGUUGCUGUGGCAGUUGCUGUUGGCCGAGGCAUAGCAAUUUGUCUGGCAUUCACACCGUCUUCAAUGGCUUUCUUCCUUUUAGUAACGCCAAGUGAGGUCCUGGGCCUGGCGACGGGAAGUGACGUAUCGCAUGAAUCAGGUUUGUCCACUCUUACCAGUAUGAUGCCAGUGGGAACUUGUGCAUACUGCAGGCGCACAUCCACAUGCCCCGCUGUCUGCACCUACAUAUAUGUAGAUGAAGGCAGCAGAAGCAGUAGUUAGCAGUGCGUCAGGCAAUGCAAUUGUAUGUACAUGUUGUUGUUGUUGUUGUUGUUGUUGUUGCUUUGCGCAGUCCAUGAUGCGCAUGUGAAUUGGGACAUGUGGCAGAGCAGUCAUGAUUGGCAGGCAUUGGUAGACCUGCCUGUGCGGACAGCAUGCGCAGUAGCAUUAGGCAUUCAUGUAUGUGGCAAAGUAAGGAGUACGUGGCCCGCACAUGCGGCGCUGGCGGCCUUGGCGAUGCUAUUGCAGAUCACCGAGGUGGGCAUGAUGGUUGUGCAGACGGCAGCCGGCAGCCGGAUGAGGCGUCAGGUGCAGCAGCAGCGGCAGCGGCAGCGGCAGGUGCGUGGAGCAGUGAGGAGAUGGGCAUUGUGUGAUUAGAGAUGGAUUGGUCGGUUGCAUUGCGCAUGAGGAUGGUUGUGCCGAAUGUCUACUAAGUGCAACUGAGGUAUGCCUUGCAUGAUUGUCACAUAGUGAGCAGAGGUUAUCAGGUGGGAUUGUGGUGGAAAUAUGACAGUCGGGCUGAAUGCUGAUGCUGAUGCUGAUGAGGAUGUUGUCGUUGUUGUUGUUGUUGCUGUUGCUGUUGGCCGAGGCAUAGCAAUUUGUCUGGCAUUCACACCGUCUUCAAUGGCUUUCUUCCUUUUAGUAACGCCAAGUGAGGGCCUGGGCCUGGCGACAGGAAGUGACGUAUCGCAUGAAUCAGGUUUGUCCACUCUUACCAGUAUGAUGCCAGUGGGAACUUGAGCAUACUGCAGGCGCACAUCCACAUGCCCCGCUGUCUGCACCUACAUAUAUGUAGAUGAAGGCAGCAGAAGCAGUAGUUAGCAGUGCGUCAGGCAAUGCAAUUGUAUGUACAUGUUGUUGUUGUUGUUGUUGUUGUUGCUUUGCGCAGUCCAUGAUGCGCAUGUGAAUUGGGACAUGUGGCAGAGCAGUCAUGAUUGGCAGGCAUUGGUAGACCUGCCUGUGCGGACAGCAUGCGCAGUAGCAUUAGGCAUUCAUGUAUGUGGCACAGUAAGGAGUACGUGGCCCGCCCAUGCGGCGCUGGCGGCCUUGGCGAUGCUAUUGCAGAUCACCGAGGUGGGCAUGAUGGUUGUGCAGACGGCAGCCGGCAGCCGGAUGAGGCAUCAGGUGCAGCAGCAGCGGCAGCGGCAACGGCAGGUGCGUGGAGGACUGAGGAGAUGGGCAUUGUGUGAUUAGAGAUGGAUUGGUCGGUUGCAUUGCGCAUGAGGAUGGUUGUGCCGAAUGUCUACUAAGUGCAACUGAGGUAUGCCUUGCAUGAUUGUCACAUAGUGAGCAGAGGUAAUGAGGUGGGAUUUUGGUGGAAAUAUGACAGUCGGGCUGGAUGCUGAUGCUGAUGAGGAUGUUGUUGUUGCUGUGGCAGUUGCUGUUGGCCGAGGCAUAGCAAUUUGUCUGGCAUUCACACCGUCUUCAAUGGCUUUCUUCCUUUUAGUAACGCCAAGUGAGGGCCUGGGCCUGGCGACAGGAAGUGACGUAUCGCAUGAAUCAUGUUUGUCUACUCUAACCAGUAUGAUGCCAGUGGGAGCUUGUGCAUACUGCAGGCGCACAUCCACAUGCCCCGCUGUCUGCACCUACAUAUAUGUAGAUGAAGGCAGCAGAAGCAGUAGUUAGCAGUGCGUCAGGCAAUGCAAUUGUAUGUACAUGUUGUUGUUGUUGUUGCUUUGCGCAGUCCAUGAUGCGCAUGUGAAUUGGGACAUGUGGCAGAGCAGUCAUGAUUGGCAGGCAUUGGUAGACCUGCCUGUGCGGACAGCAUGCGCAGUAGCAUUAGGCAUUCAUGUAUGUGGCACAGUAAGUAGUACGUGGCCCGCACAUGCGGCGCUGGCGGCCUUGGCGAUGCUAUUGCAGAUCACCGAGGUGGGCAUGAUGGUUGUGCAGACGGCAGCCGGCAGCCGGCAGCCGGAUGAGGCAUCAGGUGCAGCCGAAGCAGCAGCAGCAGCGGCAGCGGCAUCGGCAACGGCAGGUGCGUGGAGCAGUGAGGAGAUGGUCAUUGUGUGAUUAGAGAUGGAUUGGUCGGUUGCAUUGCGCAUGAGGAUGGUUGUGCCGAAUGUCUACUAAGUGCAACUGAGGUAGGCCUUGCAUGAUUGUCACAUAGUGAGCAGAGGUAAUGAGGUGGGAUUUUGGUGGAAAUAUGACAGUCGGGCUGGAUGCUGAUGCUGAUGAGGAUGUUGUUGUUGUUUUUGCUGUGGCAGUUGCUGUUGUCCGAGGCAUAGCAAUUUGUCUGGCAUUCACACCGUCUUCAAUGGCUUUCUUCCUUUUAGUAACGCCAAUUGAUGGCCUGGGCCUGGCGACAGGAAGUGACGUAUCGCAUGAAUCAGGUUUGUCCACUCUUACCAGUAUGAUGCCAGUGGGAACUUGUGCAUACUGCAGGCGCACAUCCACAUGCCCCGCUGUCUGCACCUACAUAUAUGUAGAUGAAGGCAGCAGAAGCAGUAGUUAGCAGUGCGUCAGGCAAUGCAAUUGUAUGUACAUGUUGUUGUUGUUGUUGUUGCUUUGCGCAGUCCAUGAUGCGCAUGUGAAUUGGGACAUGUGGCAGAGCAGUCAUGAUUGGCAGGCAUUGGUAGACCUGCCUGUGCGGACAGCAUGCGCAGUAGCAUUAGGCAUUCAUGUAUGUGGCACAGUAAGGAGUACGUGGCCCGCACAUGCGGCGCCGGCGGCCUUGGCGAUGCUAUUGCAGAUCACCGAGGUGGGCAUGAUGGUUGUGCAGACGGCAGCCGGCAGCCGGCAGCCGGAUGAGGCAUCAGGUGCAGCCGAAGCAGCAGCAGCAGCGGCAGCGGCAGCGGCAACGGCAGGUGCGUGGAGCAGUGAGGAGAUGGGCAUUGUGUGAUUAGAGAUGGAUUGGUCGGUUGCAUUGCGCAUGAGGAUGGUUGUGCCGAAUGUCUACUAAGUGCAACUGAGGUAUGCCUUGCAUGAUUGUCACAUAGUGAGCAGAGGUAAUGAGGUGGGAUUGUGGUGGAAAUAUGACAGUCGGGCUGGAUGCUGAUGCUGAUGAGGAUGUUGUUGUUGUUGUUGUUGCUGUUGGCCGAGGCAUAGCAAUUUGUCUGGCAUUCACACCGUCUUCAAUGGCUUUCUUCCUUUUAGUAACGCCAUGUGAUGGCCUGGGCCUGGCGACAGGAAGUGACGUAUCGCAUGAAUCAGGUUUGUCCACUCUUACCAGUAUGAUGCCAGUGGGAACUUGUGCAUACUGCAGGCGCACAUCCACAUGCCCCGCUGUCUGCACCUACAUAUAUGUAGAUGAAGGCAGCAGAAGCAGUAGUUAGCAGUGCGUCAGGCAAUGCAAUUGUACGUACAUGUUGUUGUUGUUGUUGUUGUUGUUGUUGUUGUUGUUGUUGUUGUUGUUGUUGUUGUUGUUGCUUUGCGCAGUCCAUGAUGCGCAUGUGAAUUGGGACAUGUGGCAGAGCAGUCAUGAUUGGCAGGCAUUGGUAUACCUGCCUGUGCGGACAGCAUGCGCAGUAGCAUUAGGCAUUCAUGUAUGUGGCACAGUAAGGAGUACGUGGCCCGCACAUGCGGCGCUGGCGGCCUUGGCGAUGCUAUUGCAGAUGACCGAGGUGGGCAUGUCGGAUGUGCAGACGGCAGCCGCAGCCAGAUGAGGCAUCAGGUGCAGCCGAAGCAGCAGCAGCGGCAGCGGCAGCGGCAGCGGCAACGGCAGGUGCGUGGAGCAGUGAGGAGAUGGGCAUUGUGUGAUUAGAGAUGGAUUGGUCGGUUGCAUUGCGCAUGAGGAUGGUUGUGCCGAAUGUCUACUAAGUGCAACUGAGGUAUGCCUUGCAUGAUUGUCACAUAGUGAGCAGAGGUAAUGAGGUGGGAUUUUGGUGGAAAUAUGACAGUCGGGCUGGAUGCUGAUGCUGAUGCUGAUGAGGAUGUUGUUGUUGCUGUUGCUGUGGCAGUUGCUGUUGGCCGAGGCAUAGCAAUUUGUCUGGCAUUCACACCGUCUUCAAUGGCUUUCUUCCUUUUAGUAACGCCAAGUGAGGGCCUGGGCCUGCCGACAGGAAGUGACGUAUCGCAUGAAUCAGGUUUGUCCACUCUUACCAGUAUGAUGCCAGUGGGAACUUGUGCAUACUGCAGGCGCACAUCCACAUGCCCCGCUGUCUGCACCUACAUAUAUGUAGAUGAAGGCAGCAGAAGCAGUAGUUAG